CACCCGCUCACACAUGUCGUGGUGGACAGAACAGUCCUCAAAUUUCAUUUCCUUUCAAAUACCACCCACGACUGUAUUCAAAAUCGUGUGGAGUUAUUCAAACAGACUUUUAAGGGUCGUGACAUGCUAGCAUCGGCAAAGACGGGGUCAGGGAAGACAUUGGCUUUUCUUAUUCCGGCAGUCGAAUUGCUGUUGAAGUUAGGUUGGAAGCAAUACAGUGGCACUGGUGUUAUAAUUAUAUCACCAACACGAGAGCUGUCUAUGCAGACUUAUGGAGUGCUAACUGAGCUUUUGGAAGGAACUUCCCUUAGCCAUGGUUUAGUGAUGGGCGGAUCUAAUCGCAAAGCUGAGCAAGAUAAAUUAAUAAAAGGUGUUGCAGUCUUGGUCGCCACUCCUGGUCGCCUGCUGGACCAUCUUCAAAACACAGAGUCGUUUGUGUUUAAGAAUAUGAAGUGUCUUGUGAUCGACGAAGCGGACAGAAUUCUCGACAUAGGUUUUGAGAUAGAGAUGCAGCAGAUCCUUCGCUAUUUGCCGAAAAAGCGACAGACAGUGCUCUUUUCUGCUACACAGACGCCCAAGGUUGACGAACUUGUGAAACUCUCGCUUCAUUCAAAUCCACUGAAACUCUCUGUGUCGGAGAAAAGUGAAGUUGCGACCGUGGAAGGGCUUCAGCAAGGUUACGUUGUUUGUUCUUCUGAGAAAAGAUUUUUGUUGCUGUUUACGUUUCUGAGAAAGAACAAGAACAAGAAGGUAAUGGUGUUUUUCUCUUCUUGCAACUCAGUGAAGUAUCACAACGAAUUGUUGAAUUAUAUUGAUGUCCCUUGCAUGUCAAUUCAUGGUAAACAAAAGCAGGAAAAGCGAACCUCGACAUUCUUCCAAUUUUGCCAAACAGAGACGGGGAUUUUGCUCUGUACUGAUGUUGCAGCGCGAGGGCUGGACAUUCCAGCUGUAGACUGGAUUGUUCAAUAUGACCCACCAGAUGAACCGCGAGAGUACAUUCAUCGUGUUGGCAGGACAGCCAGAGGAGAAGAUGGACGUGGUAAUGCUCUUUUGAUUCUCCGACCUGAAGAACUCGGCUUUCUUCGAUAUCUCCGGGCUGCGAAAGUAGUGUUAAAUGAGUUUGAAUUCUCUUGGUCGAAGAUCGCAAACAUACAGUCUCAGUUGGAGAAUCUUAUUGAGAAGAAUUACUACCUUAACAAAUCUGCUAAAGAAGCAUAUAAAUGCUAUGUGCGGGCUUAUGAUUCGCACUCACUCAAGGAUAUUUUCGAUGUCAACAAGUUAGAUUUGAUAGCUGUCUGUAAAUCUUUUGGAUUUGCAGUGCCACCUUUUGUUGAUCUCCCGAUAUCGCACAAGCCCAAGGUUAAAGUACGGUCUCAGCUGUCGGGAGCGGAAUAUCGAAAGCGACCAAUGGAAUUUACUUUUAAACAAAAACACAAGAAAUAA